UGUCUGGAUCAUUGAAACAAGGCUGCCAUGCCAUUAACAUCAUGAUUGUUAUCUUCUCAGCUGCGGUAGGAAGUUCCGUGCCAUAAUUUAUGAUAAUAUUGAAACGACAUGUCUGAGACCAGAGAACCUGUUCUGUUGCAGGGCACUUGUUGAUCAGGCCACUUUGUCCCUUUAUCUGCUGUUAAGUUGCGGAGAAUUUCCGUAAACAAAUAUCAGAUGCAUCAGCUGAGGUGACCUGUAGAUCAUGUGAGUUGUGUUGAGUUUAAAGUUAACAUUCUUCAGAAGUCACUAUGCUGUUGAUCCCUUGGAUUUGAUAUUCAUGGAAUAUUGAAGAGCUCCAGGUCUAGAAAGGUGUGUCGUUAGAUUGCUCAAGGAGGACGAUACUCAAGUAGUCAAACGUGUCUGCCUCUGUUUGAGGUUCAUAUCCAAGUUUAAUUCCUACACCUUUAUCACCCGGGGAUCUUCAGUGGAGAUUCCAACGCAUGGUUUUCCACAGGAAAUUAAAUCUCUGUUGGGAAUGUGCGUGAUGAAGCAGGUUCUCAGAAGAUAUGGGGCUUUUUUUGAGGAGCAGAUAUUGAGAGAAACGGUGUGCUGGAAACAUCUCUUGGAAUGAGCCAGAAGCUUCUCUCCAUUGUUCAUGGCUUUCCUUCGCUGCUCGCCACGUUAGAGAUCGCAGCAACAAUCGACAUCCCAUAAUAUCCCUCAUGUUCAUGCAGUUUUGAGUGGCUGAAGUCGCUUGAAAAACUAAACAGUUUCCCUUCACCCAGCGACCAAACAGUUGUGAGAGCCCAAAAAGAAGACGUUAAAUACAAUCUGACCAUUUUCUUUUGACCACCUGACUCUUAAAAUCACCCGCCGAUACGAUCAGGUUGUGAAUAAAGUAGCUGUAAUAGAUUACCAGGUAGUACUUGGCCCUGCUUUUCCUUCUCUUCUCACUCAUUUAAGUUGUUUUCCUCGGUCUCCUGAGUGAUUGGAUCAUUUUGUUUUGAGACAUAAUACUGUUUUGUGUCACUUUAAGAGGAAUGCAACAGCCAGUCCAGCUCCACUGUGUGUCUGUGAGAACGGGGUGGUCGAGGAGGAGGGGGGUCUGAGCGGAGAAUAAAGGCGAUGGAGCAAGCGGCCUCCAGUUAUUAGCAUUCUGGACUGGUCUCUGUGGCCCCGCUGUCCCCUCUGGCUGCACGUCUGAAGUUUUAUAUCUGGACGAGACAAAAUCCAAAGUGCAGCUACAGAUCAACUGAAAGAAAAGCACAAUCGGAAGCGUUCUCUUCGGGGAUAAAUCUUCAGCUACUUGGCAGAUAUCCUCCCAGCUCUGUAUCCUGGCUACUGCUGUGGCUUUAUGUCAGAAAAUCAAGUCUGUCGGGGAACAAAGGAUCCCUUAAAACAUCCCUCGCCUGAGCAUUCUUAACUCGCGUUCUGAGCUCAUUGUCCUCCCAGCAACAUCUGAGAACUGCUAAGCCUUAACCCAAGAUGCUCAACCUCAACUCGGAGAACAACAAUGACAACAGGAGCCCCUUCCAGGAUCCGGUGUCUUUGAACGUGGGCGGCGAAAUUUACACGACAACUGUUGACACCCUGACCCGGUAUCGUGACUCCAUGCUCGGCGCCAUGUUUACCGGACAGAUCCCGGCUCUGAGGGAUGAGCAAGGGCAUGUUUUCAUCGAUCGGGAUGGCAAAGUGUUCCGAUACAUUCUGAAUUACCUGCGAUCCAGCUCCCUGGACUUGCCCCACGGCUUCACAGAACUCAGUCUGCUGAGAAGAGAGGCGGAUUUCUUCCAGAUUCACCCCCUGAUGGAGGAGCUGCGCCGAUAUGAAGCGUCCGUGCCACUCAGCUGUAAAGGAGGACCAGUGGGAGCCAUGCUCAUCCUCAAUGUUGACUCCACGGUCCGUGUUCUCCACUUUAACUUGCGACGUGGGCCCGAAAACUACGAGCUGCGCACAUGCUCAGUGCGAGCCUUCACCGUCGAACUGUUUUGCACCUGGCCGUCCUUCCUCAACAUGCUUUGUGAGCGCUUCUCAUACAGGACGUCGAAAGGGGGGCUGACUCACCCACAUCCAUGUAACUUGAAGCCGAACAGGCUGAAACUGGAGUGGGUCCCGAGGCCCACUGAACUCCCGCUGGACCAGUAUGACAAGCAGCACUACAGAGGUCUGACUGUGUGUCACCCUGACGACACGCAGGCUGAUGACCUCAUCUUGUGUGGGGGAAUGGAGAUCACAAACAUGCAGGGGUUUUUGGAGGAGCUUCUUAAGGUGUCAAUGAGCGAAGGGUUCAAAGUGGACCUGGUGUCUCCAGACUCUGGAGAUAUUCUCAACUGCACCGCGAUGCGGCUGGUCAAGUGAUGGAAGCGCAUCCAUGACAUGCCACUUGCUGCAUCAGAGUUGAUUCUUAAACCAUCGGGGAGAUUGUGACUGAAUGUUACCCACCUUCAAAAUGACCAAGUUUUGCUGAGUGGAGUCUCGUACUGGACCAUUGAACCCAUUCACAUUCUAACAUCACUGACAUUCAUAUUAUUUAGAUCCACUGUUUCUAAGCGGAGGUGUAUUCAUUUUGCUUAACUUAAUACCCAACUUAAUACAGAUUUUUCAGAUUGAAGUAUGAAUCUCACAAUACACAGUGAGAUUGAUAGCAUUAAUAAGGAACCUUUCAGUUUUAGUGGUUCACUGUGUUAGAAAAUAUUGCUAACUAUAACCCAGUAUAAACAUAAAGUCUGACUGGAUGAGUCGGUGUGUAAUUUAAGUCAUGGGGAAGUUGUAAUAGAGGAAGUUUGGAGCAGGAAAAGAUGUGUCUUGACCUCAUAAGCGGAGUGUCUGUUAUAACAACUCCAGUCGCUCUUUUUGGAACUUCCUUCCUUUUGAGGUAUUUUUAUAUUUGUGGAGUUCAAAAAGACCUUGGGAGAUUUUAAGUGUUAGUUUUUCAAAUUUUUUAAAAUUUUAAAACUGUUUCCCCCUCAGGAGCUGUAUUCGCAUGAUGCGUUUCUUUGUUUCAUUUGCGCUUGCAGAGUCAUUAUCAAACACUGCUGUGGAGUCUCUUAACUGUUCACUGUCCGUCUGCCAUGUUGUCUCGUGUGAAAUGCUGAUGGUUCGGUUGUGUUUCUUCUAUUGCAGGAGCGGUACAGAGGGACGCCGACGUUCUACGUCACGACUCCGUCAGAGGGGGCUCGAGCUCUGAGUCUGCUGUAGAAACAUCUGGUCACUCUUAGGACCAACAUACUGUAUUUAAUCACAAUGAUAAGUCUGAUGGUAAAGGGGAAA